CCUCCUCUGGCAUACUUUUUAACUGGUUGCACAACAAGAGUUCAGGUCAUGGGAGCUUUCACACUUUCACACACCGCUUAACGCCCGACAGUGGCUAAACAGGACCGACAAGCAUAUAACUGAAGAAGUGUCUUUCCAUACCCAAGUGUUCAGCAAUGGUUCGACGUGUGGCAGUAGUUGGAGCAGGCAGUUCUGGUUUGGCCUGUAUCAAGAUCUGUGUGGAUGAGGGGCUCGAACCCGUCUGCUUUGAAAGCAGUGAUGACAUUGGCGGCUUGUGGAAUUUUAGAGAGACACCUGAGCCAGAGCGAACCAGCAUCUACCGGUCCUUGGUGGUCAAUACCUCCAAAGAAAUGAUGUGCUUCAGUGAUUUUCCAAUGCCUGCUGACUAUCCCAACUUCAUGCAUAACUCACAGCUUCUGCAGUACUUGAGGCUCUACGCUGAACACUUUGACCUGCUUAGAUACAUUAAUUUUCAGACCACAGUGAGGAGUGUUUUGCAAAGGCCGGAUUUCUCUCUAUCCGGCCAAUGGGAAGUAGUGACCAUAAACAAGAACGGACAGGAAGAGAGGCACAUCUUUGAUGCUGUUCUGGUGUGCUCAGGUCACUACACCCAUCCAACAUUACCAUUGUCUGACUUUCAAGGGCAUGAAACUUUUUCUGGCAGGUGUCUUCACAGCUGGGAAUAUAAAGAUGCAGAUGCCUUCACAGGAAAAAGGGUGGUGGUGGUCGGCAUUGGCAAUUCUGGAGGUGAUAUUGCUGUGGAGAUUAGCAGAUCGGCCGAGAAGACCUUUCUCAGUACACGUCAAGGGGCCUGGGUGAUGGGCAGGAUGUCCACCAAUGGCGUUCCUCUCGACAUAGCAGUAAUCAAACGGAUAAACAAUGUCCUCUUCCAGUUGCUCCCCAAGACUUUGGUCAACUGGGUAGCAGAGAGAGCACUGAACAAUAAAUAUGACCACAGAUUGUAUGGUCUAAAACCCAAACACAGACUAAUGGAGAGAAAGCCUAUAAUCAAUGACGAUCUCCCAGGCCGAAUCCUUCAGGGGGCAAUAGUCAUGAAGCACAAUCUGGAAGGGUUCAAGGACUCUAGAGUUGUAUUUGAAGAUGGCACGGUGGAGGAGAACAUUGACGCUGUGGUGUUUUGCACAGGUUACAUUGGAAAGUUCCCAUUCCUACCAUCAACUCUGUCAGAAGGACCAUAUGAAGAGGUGACACUGUACAAGAGAGUGUUUCCUCCAUCCCUGCAUCCUCCCACACUGGCUGUCAUGGGACUUUUCCAAGCAAAAGGUCCAAUCAUGCCUACAGUGGAAAUGCAGGCUCGCUGGGCUGUUAAGGUCUUUUUAGGUCAGAGUCGUCUUCCACCCAAAGAGAAAAUGCUGGAUGUCAUUGAGUCUGAGAGGAGGAGAAACAUGCAAAGCUAUCCCUGUCCACGCCAGGCUGUUCUACAGGUUGAUUACAUCCCAUAUCUGGAUUUUAUGGCUGGGGAAGUAGGUGUUCAACCAAAACUCCUGAGGCUUUUUCUGAGAGACCCUGCGCUCUGGGCAAAGGUCUUCUUUGGUCCCUGCACACCUUAUCAAUAUCGUCUUAGUGGGCCUGGAAACUGGUCUGGUGCCAGACAAGCUAUCUUCACUCAGUGGGAGCGGGUUGCUCAACCGUUCAGAACCAGAGAAAUACCAGAGAACACCAGUAAAUUUGGCUUGUGUUCUCCACUGAUGCUCACAUUCACAGGAACUGUAAUAAUAGUUGUGCUUUUUUCUAAAGACAAGAUCGUUCCGACCCUGGAAGCUGUUACUGAGAUGCUGAACAAAAGCACAGUUUUUCUGAGGGAGUUGUGGUUCAGCCUACCACAGAAUCCUGAUAUGUAAUGCAAUGAUUGACUUAAUUAACAUAAUAACAAUUUUAAUGACAAAUUUAUUUAAAAUGGAUUAAAGGGAAAAGAAAACUGUGAAUUACAGAAAAUCACAUUUUUUUUAAUUUCUCUGCAUUCAUUUCCUGCUGGCCUGCAGGGAAAGAGUGAGAUAAAUUGGCAGUCUCCUUUUCUUGAUGUAGUAUAAAAAUCAUGUGCUGCAAUUAUGUAAUAUUAUACGGUUGUAAAAGUACCUUCCGGUUCCAAAGGUCUGCAUAAUCUUCACACUGAGGCCUGCAUUUAGAUGCAUAUCUAAAUGUAGAUGCACCAUCAAAUUGUUUGCUUUGAAAGUUUUACUUUAGAUUAUACCUUUGGUUUCUGUUAACUUAAAAAAAUGAACCUCUUUUAGAGCAAGAAGAAUGUGUGAGCAGGCAGAAAUGAAAAUUAUAAUUUUUAUAUGUCAAAUACAGAUGGCUGAAUGACUCAAGGACAAAUUAAUUAAUGUAUUAAAUUAAUUAAUAAUUAAUUAAGGGGAAAUAGGAGGAAAACCUGCCUGUAAAGAACAAAAGAAAACCUGCAAAGUGUUAUGCAAGGGGUGGCACACGUUGUCGGUUGUCCCUCGGUGACCCUGUGAAAAACAUAUUACCUCAUUGGGUACUGAUGAUGAUAGCAGUGUGUGCCAUUUAAAAUAUCUGAAAAUGGAAAUGCACCAUUUUCUACCUGCAGUUCUUCUUGUCAAACACCCAUGAAAAGUAAUAAAUACAUUGUCCAAAAUACUGAAAAAAA